UUGAAUUGUAGUUUGAUGGAAAUCUUACAAUAGUUUGCCUUACAAAAUUAAUUUCUUUUUCUAGAAUUUUGAAAACACUGAAAAUACCGAAAUUGAAAAUACAUUGGGUUUUAAAGAGAACAAUUCAGAUAUGUCAACUGCAUCAAGAAAUAAUAAUAUAUUAAAGGAUAUUACGUAUAAAAGAAAUGUUGACUUAAAUACAAAAAAAUGUGUUCAAGUAAAGUCAUCAAUUAAUUGCAACAAAGAGCUAUUAAUAUCUAAAUCACAAUCAGUGGAGCCUUGUGUUUUCAUAUCAGAUAAAUCAGUCAAUGGAGAAGCCAAUGAAGAUACAAAUAUAAACAAUACAAAAUUAAAAAAUCAAAAUAUAAAAUCAACUAUAACAACAGCAGUAACACAUACAAAAGAACGAAUUGCUGCGGCUAUUGAAACUUUUUGUGCAAUAAAUCAAGAAAAUAUAACUUACGAAGAAGUAGAAAAUUUGGAAGACACAGGUUAUUAG